AUGAGUAUCGCGAGCGAUACAUCGCAUCGCAGACAAGACCCUUUAAAAUUGGCUUUGAAUACAUUGAGAAAAGAAAAUUUCGAUUUGAGCGCCACCAGGAUUUGUACCGUCGAAGUUUUUGCUGGUCUCAAAGACAGGGUUUGAAUUUUCUUCCAAUUUUUGCAAUACCGAACUUCCAGCAAAUAGAAGAGCGAUUAUAAAAAUAAUUCUUUUCGAAUAUUUCAUUUAGAUUCGUUUUUAUUCUGAUUUGAUUGCAUGAAUUUCAUGAGAAGUUUGAAAGCUUCUUGAAUUUUCGAAUAUUUUUUUCUUUCAUCGAAGGUGCAACGUUAAUCCGAAGAAUUUGUUUUUAAAAAUAAAAAAAGUGAUUUCAGUAGUUUUUUUUCUAUUCAUCAUCUCUAUAAAAAAAUACCAUUCAAUUUUCAAUCGUUUGACAAACUUUUAAUAGAUACUGACUCUUGAGCUUCAUAGCUUCCUUCACAUUCUCAUUGCUCAAAAUUAAACUUGCAAAGUUAAUAUUGAAAAAAUUCUUUCAGGGUGACUUUAAAGACGUCUGGAAUGUGAUUUGGGGCGCAAGUUGCGAUCAUAAGUCACUUUUCGACGUUGCUAAUUCCUAUUACAAGGUAGGCAAAAUGAUGGGAAAGUCCAAAGAACCUAAAACAUUUUCAAACUACCUUACAAGUCGAAAACGUUUUUUAAGAGCAUUUUCCCUUCUAACCAAGCAAAUUGAAAGGAAUCGAAGUCAUCAGAAAGCUUUUUGCAACGGUCUUCUGAAUUUUUCCUAUGAAAAACAGCUUAAAAUGUUCUUUUCUCGAAAUUCCGCCAAGUUUACGUUCUAAUUUUUCGAUUUUGAGAAGUUUGACGACAUUUCGCUUCUCCGAACCGUUUUGUCGCUAUUGCCACUCGUCGAUUAUGUUGGACUGCCCAGGGCCAACCGUUUUUUUUCCGAAGUCAGAAGAUUUACAUGGAUUGACCGGCUACACGGUGGGAAAUGGGAAAAAGUUUGGCUUUCUGAAUAGAACUUGUGUAAUUUCUCUGGUUUUUCAAGGAACUUCGCCAUUUCGCCUAUGCCGCUGCGAAAAGCUGCUGCACAGAGAAUACCGCCAUUUUUUUCGUCAGUUGGCUCAGACCCAAAGUUUUGGAAGGCAACAGAGAAAAGACGUGUUCGUGAAACCCAAAAAAAGUUGUUAAAGUAAUACAGGUCUGAUCAGUUUUAGGGUUGAGCAGAGCUCAAAAAAAAAUUGGCAUUGAAUGUCAUAGGGAAACGAGAAGAAGUCUAUUUGCAGAAAAAGCUGGAAAAGCUGCAAAACAGCCAUUUACAUCCAAAAAUAGAAUGAAAGGAGUUUCUCCGCUUUUUUGUCACGAAGUUUUGGAAGAGUUCACAGAAAGCUCCAAAAAUUUUCACGCCCAUAUGAUCUUCCUUGCCAGUGAAUAAUUUUCACCGAUUUUUUGACUUGAUAUUUCAAUUUAUCAUGGGAAGUUUGACGUGUAUCAUUUGAACCGCUUCAAAAACUACGUCUGGAACGUUUUGAACGACUCAUGAACUCAAAACUUAGAUAAAUACAUCUCACGAUAAUUAUAAAUUUUAGUUAAUGAAACUAAAACUAAUAAUCCUCCCUUGCAGGUUUUCUUUUUGAAAUCUAUGUGCGGUUCAUCCAUUAUAUUAGAACGUUUCGAAUUUACUCAGAAAAAGCCCAAUGCUUUCUCAGCCAACAGACAGACGCUUGUGCCGCCAGCCUCAUUGAAAGGCAAUAUUAAAUAGUUAUUGGUUUUUCAAAAAAAAAAAACCUGCCUAUAGGCUGAACGACUUCAUACACGUUUUCCCGAAAGACGCCCCGAGGAAUUCGACAGACUAUUCAACAUUUGCAAUGGGCUGCGUGCUGAGUACGGGCCAAAUUUUGAUGGAAAGAACUUCCAAAGGUCCUGAAAUUUUGAAAAUCGCAAAAAAUGUGAAACUCUAACCAGGAAACUGUCUGUAAUGGGAAUCGCGCCAAACAUUUUUGAUAGGGAGUCUUAGAAUAUAGUACAAAACAACUUAGUAAUUCGCCUAGAGGCUCAAAGAAGAGCUGGUCCAAAAUGUGUAGGAAAAGCUUAAAGCUGCUUUUUUGUGUUUCACUGUGAAAUGAUCUUCAUGACAAGAUCUCAGGCAAAGUCGCAAAAAAGGCCGCAAAAAGAGUCAUUUUUAUCACGCCUUCCAUUUAUUUUUCUGGUAUUUUAAAGGCUUGACUCGAUUUUUUUCCACUAUUUCUCGAGCCGCUCGCCGUGAAUCGGCUAUAUUUUUUCUUGCACUUUUCCUUUUCCUUGAUGCUUUUAAUCAUACAAUUAUUCCAGCGGAAACAGUUAACCGCAUUUUCGAUCUUUUCAAAGAUUUGCUCAGCAGAGUCGGGAGGCUGCCUGAUAAAAUCGUCGACGUUGAUGUGGGAAGUUUCUCGAUUUCGUUCAAUAUCCCAGAUUUCAGAUCGCUCUAUGCUGUCUCAGAGUUUUGUUGUACUCGUACGAGUUGAUUAUCUCUCAGAAACCCCUUGGAUCAGCAACUGAUCUCACGGUUUUUUUUAAACAAUGAAAAGUAUCAUGAGCGAAGUCCAUGAAAUCUUUCAGAGAUCAGAGGAUUUCGAAUCCUCUAUUUAUUUAUUUAUCUCACUCGAACACAAAAAUACAGAUACAGAAUAGAAAGUUUUCCAACCUUCCAACCUGUUUUUCUUUUUAGUUGAAACAAAGCACGCUUCUUUUCCUCUUUCUCACGGCUGAAAAAAUGAAACUCGAAAUAUAUAUUGUGCGGGGUGCAGAAUCGAUAGAUUAAAAGAAAAAGAAAUCAGCAAGGAAUCUUAUGAACAUCCCGCCCAAAGCAAGUCAAUAGAUGACCUAGUCCUAGAGGCAGUCAUUUCAAGCCGGACUUCAAAAUCUGAAUAAAAUCAAUUCACUGAGCACCCUGCAUCUUCUCGGACCUCGGUAACGAAAACCGAACGUUUUUGAGCAGUUCUAAGGAUCACUUAAGAGUUCUGACGCUACUAAAGGGGUCACUAGAAAGGCUCCGAAGAGGCCGGUUCGCGUUACCAAGCUCUGCAUUGUAAUAAAUUUUCGGUCGAAUAUCGAAAAUUUGAAAAUUGCUCCAUGUGCGUCUUAUAAUUUUUUUGAAAAUUCAUUUUCAGGACUACUCAAACUUAUUGAAGCCAUUUUUACCAUAUUCGUGGCAUUCGGAGGGAUUUGGAGGCGGUCCAAAAGAUGUGGAAUGCGGGUUCGCACUUUUUUCCUUGCUGUUUUAGUGUUGUGCGUGGCCUUAAACAAAACCGGCCGAAGUUUUGUAAAUGUUCUACAAGUUGAAUAUCAAACUUUUCCAUGACAAAAAUGAGAAUUUCUGGUUUCUCAAAAUUCUAUAGUAACUUAGAUUUCACGAGGAGAAAGGUUUUUCGGUGAAAAUAUUGAGUUAAGAAAGAUUUUCUAUGAUCAAAGCCUGCGCAGAAAUUUUGUAAAAAAAAAAUGUGGCCCAAAUUCCGGGCGUGCCCAGGCCGCUCAGCCCGACGCACGAGUCUGGUAGUUUGAAAAUCUAUCAAGUCUAGAAUAUAACUGAUUCACGGCCAGUUUGGGACGCUAAGGGGGCGUGUCCUGUCUGUGCUCUUCACGAGACAGGCGCUAUCUCGUGCAUUAUCGCGUCAGGACCCUUUUUUGAUGGCUCAAGCCAGCCGUGAAUCAGCUAUACGCUCUAAUGCGCUUUUGAUUUUGAAUCUAAAAAAAAAACGACUGAAAAAAUCUAUGCCAACUUUCCAAAUUGAACAAAGUGGUGUGAAAAAGAAAAAAAUCAGUUUUCCAGAUUAGUUGCUGCGGAGCUUUUCUCGAAAGCCAUCUCCUUCCAUAGAGAACGUAUCAUAGAACGAGGAGACGUCGUCGCUGAUGAUCGCGUUCUUUGGGUUUGAAAAACGCGGAAAACAUGGAAAUUAAAACAAAUUCGGGCAGGCGGCGGUACAAGACCUCCUUCAGCCCCGCCACGCUUGGAGAAACGAUCGGUGUGCCGUUUUUGUUGCGAACUGCUCCGUUCAUCUUCCUGUGGAGGUGCGAUUUUUCAUAGGCAAAGUCGGAAAAGGUGAAAAAGGAUCCUUAAAAAUGCCCCUUUAGGGUGACAAAGGCUCCUUUUUUGCUGCCCUUUUGCGCCAUUUUCUCUGCGCCACUUUUUCUGCCUCUCCCUUUUCCCACCAUUUCUUGAGUCUUUAAAAUCCCAGAAAAAAUGAAGGCUCAAUAAAUGGACUCUCUUUGCUGCCUUUUCGCACCCUCUCCCUUUUAGUGGCCAUUAUCCACCAUUCCGACUUUGCCCGACUUUAUUCUGAUUCCGUUCGAGACAGUUUUUUCAACGAAAAAGGCUACAUGAUGUGGUUUACAUCAAAAAUUUUACAACACUAGGUUUUUGAGCUCUUUUCAAGAAUUUUUCUUGUUAGGAUUGCGAUUUGAUUUCCAUUCCAUUAUACAGAUCGAAACAACAGUUCUUUUUGAUGACUUAUCUUUUUCAUUAUGCUAAGAGCACCGUGGAAAUUUGCUGGAAACUAUUUCAAGCUCAUAAAAACUCUCGUGGCCUUUUAAGAAUCUCCUGUAGGAAUAGUUGGAGAGGACAUUAAAGUUGUCAAAAAAACCACUUCUAUAAAAACCACUGUUUUGGGUCUAGGGGGCCACUUUAGUAGUUUUGGCGGUCCCACUUACUAGUUAGACUUCUGAAGAGCCCCUAAAUUUUAAGCACUUAGGUGGCCAGCGAUUCGACUACUAUAGUUAUCACUAAAACGCCAGAACCCUAUACCUUUUUCAGUAUUUUCAUGAUAUCUUAUGAGCUCGAAGAACAUGUGGCAAGUUCAUUUUUGUAUUGAGGUUGGUUCAGAUUCUUCUGCAUCCUCAAUACUCUCCAUUCAAAAUCGAUCUAAUCGACGCUCUAAUGAAGCAUCUUUGCGAUACGUUUGUUUCUUUUUCAACGCCGAUUCAACAAUAUUUUUCAGAAAUUUCGCAACGCGUCAUUGUACUAUAACGCGUUGCUUCAGUUUUUAUUCGCAGCUCCUGAGCAGAAUAGUGUCAAAACGAGACCUCGGUUUAGAACGACAUUACUUCAAAUAUUCAUAUAUCCACCUGUGAUAUUUUGAAAAAUCCUGAGAACUCUUCUGUUGGUAGAAGAUGGGAACUUUGACCAAGGGAAAAUAGCCUUCAACAAAACUCUCACAGGAAAAGACAAAUUCUUGUUAAUUUUAAAUUUUUUUCGAAAUACCAAGUUUUUUUCUUUUUUUCUUUCAAAUUAUUAAUUUUUUUCCAUCAUCAUUUUUCAUUGAAAAAAAUAGUGGAAAUAAAAAGCGAUAAAGACUUUGAAAACGUUGAAAAAGCCCGCAUUUGAUCAGGAAAUGGGCGCGAUGAUGGUUUUUAAUUACGAGAAUGGAAUACCCACAUCAUUAUCGAUUAAAAAGGCUAGAGUAAAAACAAUCGGCGCCGAAAUCGAGAAAAUGAUGACGAAAGUUUGGAAACCUAGACGGAUGUAUAAUUAUGUGUAAUGGAAAACUUGGUUUUUUUUUUCAAAAAGUGAUACUUUCAUGAAAUUUUUUUGAUUGAAAACUUUUUUGUAAGCUAUAUUAACUUGAUCGAAAUUCCCACCUUUUAACAAAAGAAAACUUUCAAGGAAUCACAGGUUGUAAGUGUAGACCCUUGCAAGGAUGUUAGGAAAGAAUUUUGGGUCCGCGAAUAUUCGUGAGCGUGAAUUGUGCAUACACCAAUCUUGGGGGUUCGAAUCUUGUUAAACGAAUUUUGGAAGUAUUCACCUCAUUUUUUCAUUUUCUAAAAUUUUUUAAUUUUUUCGUGAAUAGAAGUUGAUGAAGAAUGCAAACAGAAGUAAUAAAACCAGAUAGACGUUCUUCAGCGCAUUUUGUCGUUUUUUUGGUCAUUUAUCGAGGUUUUUUUCGUUUCUCUAUUUCAGUAAAAAAACUCCCUUCUGUUUGCAUGUUUUAUCAAAUUCUGUUUACAAAAAAAUGGUAAAUUUUUUUCUAAAAGGAGUUUUGCAAGAUUCAAAUGUUCAAAGAUUCGAGCCCCCAAGACUGGUGUGUGCACAAUUCACGCUCAAGAAUAUUUGCGACCAUAACAUCCUUGGAAGUAUUUCAACACAGGAAGCUUACAUCAAAUGUCUCUUUGUUACUUAUCAAUUUUUUUGUUUCCACUUGUUAUCUAAAAAAAAGCGAUUAAGAUAAAUACAAAGAAUCGGUGAGACGAAUCAUUUCUCUCUGUUUCGAGGAACAGUGUCGACUAGAAGAAUAUCUGGGCAAAGGUUUAGUUCGAAUCAUGGACAACGAAGACUACUGUCAUAUGAUUUGUUAGCUUUGAAAUUUUUUUUGUUUGCAUUAAUCAAUCUGCUACAGUUUCCACGAUUCGUCGAGCGAUGAACGGAGCGCCUGAGAAAGUGAAUUACUUUCUGAAAGUUUUUGGAACGAUCAGCCAUUCGAUUACUGAAACCCUUUUCUGUUCGAACUUGAGGGUCUGUUGGGAAUGUCUAACUUUAAAGAUUUUCAAAUGAGUGUGCCAGUGAACAACUUGAGGAACAGUUUAAAUAGGGAACGUUUUUUUACCCCCAGUUGAACCUUCGAUGAAACUUCGCUGAAGUGUAUUUGAGGCCCUCCAGAUUGCAGAAAAAAAAAUUUUUGCAAUAGAUCCUGUUUCCGGGUUAUGAAGCUUCAAAGUCGGCGAAAUAAGCAAACGAUGACAAAAAAAAAACGCUACUUACGGCGUUCUUUCGACGACGCCACGCCCACCUUUUCUCCGUAAAAUGUCGUGUGUCGUGUGCAUGCACUGCGCCGCUUUCUCGCAGAAAAUCGCGUUUAUGUAGACAAAUUUUGAUUCGUCUUGAAGACCUCUGGCAGUACGGCGGCCUGCGCCUUUAAUAUUCCCUGUUAUUUUCGUUCUUAGAGCCGAACUUUGACGUUCCCAUGACGUCACGUGGGAACGGCGGAUAUUUCGGCUCCGCCCACUGUGUUUUAGGUUUCGCAUUUUCUUCCACUAACAAAAUCGCCGGAUAUUUCAAGCUUCUGACUCGAAAUCAUCUUAACUCAAAAACAAGAGCAUUUUUUUCUUGUUCUGCAAUCAGGAGGUCCUAAAGUACAGCGAAGUUUCAUCAAAAUUUCAACGAGAGGUUAAAAAACGUCCCCUAGUUAGGAGGAGGGAUGUUCAGAUUGCUAAAAACGAUAAUUCGGAAGUUUUUCUAACUAUGAAAAUCAGUAAACUUACUAGUUCUAUUUUUUAAAGUGAAAAGCUCGUCCAAAUUUCAAUAUUGGCUCCAGAAGUGUCUGGAAAAUUCCGAAAUUCUGUUCCAUAUUUUUGAAAAAUAGUCAUUAUCAUGCCGACCAAAAAGCUAUGAUUUUCGAAAGCAAUGGAAAACCUGAUCACAAAAAAAAAAUGUGUUUAGAGAUACGGUGGGAGCUUAAAAAACGAGGACUAUUAAAAGUUACAAGUAUUUCCUCAAACACUUCUUAAAAAACAUAUUUUUCGUUUUUUUAUUGCUGCUUAAGGCAACUUUUCAAAAUUGACAUAAUCUUUCUCUUUUUUUUAAAUUACAUUUUCCGUUUAUAGGUCAUCCGAGAGAAUCUGGUUUCCGCGAAAAAGUGCAUUGCAUACAAUUCAAAUGAUUGCCAGUUCUAUCUAUUAAUAAUGCUGUAAGUCUUCUUUUCUUUCUUUUUUUGGAAAGUAAUGUCGGUUUAGAACAAUCUUGAAAAGAAACAGCAAAUUUCUGCGCCAUGCUCGUUUCAAUAUUGUGUUUAAUAUGUGUGUGUCAGUGAUUUGUUGGGCUUCCGAGUGAGUUGAAAUAACCUUCAUCGUUUUUCAAAUCAAGUCUCUCCAGCGAAACCGUGCGAAGCGAGUCUGUGGAGGAAACAGUUCUCGAAAUCGUCCACGAAAUGAUAAGUUUGUACAGCGAGCUCAUCAAAACGCGCUUCAAAUCGGGAGAACUUUUCGAGAGAAGAUCCUGGGUCAAAGGAAUUCUGCGCUCGGCUUCUCUGAACCAAGUCCGUUGCUUUAUAUUAUCUCAAUCGGUAAAGUAACAAGGAUAAUCAAAUGAUAAGCAACACGGAGGGAAUCUGAAAUGUUCGGGGAGAAGUUAGGGCGCUUUUGAUAAGCCGAUUUGUUGAUUCCUCCGAGGGACUCUUCAAAAAUUGGCACUCAGGCGAAAAUUGAGAAGCUUUCGGUCCGUCGGAAGACGUUUAGAAGGUUUCCAGCAAGUGGUCAAACGCCUUCGACAUAGCUCCUCUUCCAGAAGCCUGCUCGAAGGCUUCUGGAAGAGAAAAGAAGUUGAAGAAAAUCCUAAAAAUUCAUGAAAUAGGCUUUUUUGAGCCUUAUUUCUCAAAAACUAACGAAGUUGUGCGGGUUGAGACUUUCAGAAUCUUAUUCUGGUACAUCAAGAAGUGUUUUGGCCAAUUUUCUAGAAAUUUACAACCGCAAAGCAAAAUGACCUUCCCUGUGAGAACUGACAUGACACUGAAUGAUUUGUACCAAAAAAUGUUACCACUUGUUCUUUUUAACAAGGAUGCUGCCAAAGAAGGGUGGAGUAUUUUGAUGACAAUUUGCUGCGAAGUGAUCUCAGGUCUAUCAACAUUGAACUCCCCGUUUCAAAUUUAUUUUCACGAAAACACGACGCCGGAAAGCUUACUACCUAACGCACGUCUUGCCUCGUGAAUAAGGAAUUUUGAAACGCCGAUCCUCGAAAGCGCAGUUUCGGUUUUCGGUAACGAGAACGUCCGAAAAAUAACCGCCUUUGUCGAGCUAAAGUCCAAUCGUGUAGUUGAUCAAGUCGAAAACAUGGUCUUACGGUCUUUCAACUUGUUUUUGUGCGCAUGUCCAUUUGAUUGCUCCUUGACGAGCUCAGAAUGUAGCGGAGGAUGUAGCUGCAGCCGGAGGCCGUGAUUCAGGUGGAAGCCUCGAAAUAAAACAGCUACUUGGAGUGAAGACUUUACACGGAAUACCUCUCAGCAAAUUUCCAUCAAAUUCUCAAGCCUCGACCUUUUGUUGGCAGUAUUUCCCGCUACGCUCCAUGGUCAUCUCGAGUUUUUUUUUUCAGAGAAACACGGCCGCUCUGGAACCGUUCAUCGACGACCCGACCGUUCUAAAGGUAGUCGGAACAUUUCAGCUCCUUUAUCCUAUGUUCGAACUUCCCUUUUCAGUCGUUCUUCCAAUGUUGCAGUCUGGUGGAGUUGAAGCUUUUGCUAGACGCUGUUGACGUGUCACAGCGUUUGGAAGUCAAAAAGGCGUUUUUUGAAGCCGCUACCUAUUCGAUCAUCUGCGGAGUUUUCAUUGGUGACUAAGCAUUUUUCUAAUCGAGCUUAGUUAGUUGAUGGAUAGUCAGUAGAGUGGCGUUUGACGAGAAGGAGGCGAUAGCCGUAGCGAGAUCUGAAUUUUUGCAAAUUCUGUUCAACUGCUGGCCGGAUGAAGUGAGCGAUUGUUGGCUGCAAUGUUUCAUCAACACCAUUUGAAGCCGUGUGCUCUUGAGAAAAAAGUUGACCAUAACGCGGACUGGGUGAUCGCAUCGCGGUGUUUUCGAAUCGGUUCGUUUUUUUUUUGCUCGAAAAAUAUGUUUUUCCAUAUCUUCAUUGAGACUUGAAGACGUACAUCGGCUGGAUCCCACCCCAGCCUUUUGCAAAUAUGGACUGAGGUAGGGCCGCACCCCGGGGUGGGAUCCAGCCAACGUAUGCUUAAAGAGUAUGGAAAAACGGAGGGCAACUAUGGGGCGGUGGUAAAAACUUUUUGGCGUUUUGAGACAUGUUCUUUUGCUCACUAGAGAACUGCUCGGGCUCGAGGACCCUUAUCAAGUUGAAACUUUGGUUAUAAGCCUGGGUAUGAGCGCUUAGAUACAACAGAGACUAUCUACCUAACCCUAUAGGCUUCUGAAGAGAAGAUCCUCGAAGAAAGAGUCCUGUACGCGCCUGCGCCUUCCUGUCCUAUCGAGGGGGCCUGGUGCAGUGGCUCGGCUCUCAAAACCCUUCUUAAGUCAGAAAUUGAUGAAGAGACACAUUUUUCUUGAUUCAACUGCUUCUUAAAAAUUAUUGAGCAGAGAAAAACCGUCAUUUUCAAAACAACUACGAUGUCAGCCACCUUUUUUUUCUAGAUCUCGUGGAAAUUUUUACUGGUUGCCUUUGAAAAUAAGAAACUUCUAAAUUUUUCCGAAUUUUGCAACACGGCCUUUUACGACGACGCUUCGUCUAUUUUUUUUCUCCGUAAAGUGUCGUGUGUCGUAUGCAUGCACUGCGCCGCUUUCCCGCAAAAAAGUUACGUUUAUGUAAUAGAAAUUCGAUUCGACUCGAAGACCUCUGAAAAUGGGGCUGCCUGCGCCUUUAAUACGCCCUAUUAUUUGCGCUCUUCGAGCUGAAAUCUCUGCUGUUCUAAUGACGUCACGCGGGAACGGCGUAGGCUUUGACUCCGCUUACCGUGUUUUUGGUUUAGCAUUUUCUUGCACUAAAAAAAACGUGUGUUCGGCAAGAAUUGAACCUUCUCAAAAAGUCAAUGAUGAGACUGGCCCUCAAGACACUGCGCCAUUCUUUCGUAAGGGCUCAUCAAAAAUAGUGCUCGUUUCAGUCGUUUAUAAUUUUCGUCAAAGUGUCUGACUAGGGAACUACUCGGACUCGGGUACGCGUUUCGAGUUGGAUCUUUGGUGGCUUAUAGACCCGGGUAAGAGUACUUGGAAACAAGAGAGAUUAUCUCCAAAACCCCAUAGCCUUUGAGAAAAAAGCUUUUUGAAAAUGUACUGUUCAGGCUUGAAAAUUAUCAAACUUUUGCUUUCCUCCUUCUUUUGGCUGGAAAAAAGUUUUUUAGAAUGUAUAAUAGCCGGAUCAUCCAAGAAGAUUGUAUUAAAAUAUAAAAUAUGGCAAAAAUCUGUAUUCUGAAAAAUUUCAAGCCUAAUUUUCACAUUUUCUACUAAAAUUUUUUCUCAGUUCUCUAUCGGGUUUAGCAGAUAUUCUCUCUUGUUUUCAAGUAUUCUGACUUGGGUCUAUAAACCACUAAAAAUUCAACCCGAUCCGCGAUUACGAGUUCGCGUAGUUUCCUAGUGAGGGAAAUAAAUAUUUGAGCCGCCUCGGUGAGAGGAGGUUCUAGUGUGUACAGGACUCUUCCUCGGUUUCUUGGAGAAGCUUUUUUCUCAGAAGCCUAUGUGAUUUGGUAGAUAACCUCACUUGAAUCUAAGAGAUCUUACCCAGGUCGGCAAGCCACCAAAGUUUCAACUCGAUCCGCAUCCCCGAGCCAGAGUAGUUCCCUGGUAAGUUGAACACGCGACGAAUUUGCUAGCGUGCUUUGAAAAAAAAAAUCAUUGAAAUAUUAACUCUGCGUUUUUUGUACUGUUCACUCACCCGGCUUAUUUUCUACAUCUCAGAUACCCUUCAAUUGACAAGUCUCCAUGUUUUACGAGAUUACCUCCAGAUGACCGUUUUUGGACAAACGAUUGUGAACGAAGUAAGAUGGAAAAGGUUCAACAUACAUUUGUCAUUUUCUUUGUUUUUUUUUGUGUAGCGGUUGCUGUUUUCUCUACUUUCUCUUAACGACUCCACGAUGAUGAAUCAUUUGAAAGAACUGCUUCCUUGGGUUGUCAAUGAAUAUUUGAGGGUGAAAAGUACUACCCAAGUGUUCAAUCUUCUGGUUUUACUCGCUGUAAGUCUGAGAAAUAGAAACUAUUGACAAUUUCUUCCAGGAAUCUUUCUCUUCUAUUGCAUACCCGCGAAAAAUUCUGAAAAACGUGUUCUGCGAAGUGUUCCGCAAGCCCGAUGUUAAAAAUCGAGUGAGUACUCAGUUAAUAUUUACUGGUUUUGUAUGGUUGCAUGAUAAAUGGCUAAGCGAGUCCGCGUAGUUCUCUAGUGACACAGGCAAAGCCCAAACGACCUCAAAAAGGCCUUGAAAAAAAGAGCCUAGAUCUCCUUUUUAAGGUCCUGAAAUGUUGUCAAAAGUUUCUCGGAAUCUCCUUUUUUCCCUCUUCUUUUUUUUUUAAACCUCCUUGUUGUGCCCUCAGGUAGAGAACGCGAAGUUGUAGUUGGACUUUAUUGGUGAACUAACAAGAACAAACAACGGGGUUUGAAUAGACUCAGGGGAGAGAUCUGGAAGACUGUGGAAUGUUUCAGAAAAAAGGUGAAGUUUAGAGGGUACAUAAGGAAAGGAGUAUGAGGGAGCAUUCCAUAGGCUUGGAGAUCUUUCUCGAAGGUUAAAGAACAUUCUGGAACGAUUUGGAACCUUCUAGAAAGUUAUGGAAUUUUCUAGAAGGGAAGUAAUACAAUUGAUCCCUAUGACGUAAUACAACCGUAACUCUAAUGUUGGCCAGUAUCACCCGUUGAGCUAAUACAUCAUAAUUUUGCGAAACUCUACAGGUGCUACUGCCGAUCACCCGGUGUUUUUUUUUUAAUAUUCUGGGUGAUCGCCUGGGCCUGAACGGGGGCUCGGCGCAUGAAUUUUGCUUUGGCGUAUAUCCGCUGGGCUUGAAGAGGGCCUAUUCGCGGCUAAAAAUUGCAUUUUGGGUGCUCGGCUGGGGAUAAACGGAUGAUCGGCGGUAGCACCCGUGUGUGCUACUCAUCAUCAUGCGAGAAAAAGUCUAAAAAAUGAUAGAAUAUUCAGAACAAGCCUAAUAUAAGCGUGAUUCUCCAACACUUUUUAACAGGUCCUAUUCAGAAAAACGUCUAGAAAAAAUUCUUCCUUGAGGCUUUUUCAUUUUUACCUUUUGGACUUAGCUCCUGUGAGGUAGGGAGCGCCGCUCGUUCACGUUAUCACAAUUGACGUCUUUCUUGUACCCUAAAUUGUCCCCUUUUUCUGUUUAAUUUUGAAAUAAGGAUGUUCCAUCUUUCUUUUUAAAACUAUUUGGAAACUGUUUUUUGGAAUCAGAAGAAAGUAGACCGAGAGAUUUUUUAGUAUGAAGGAUGGUAGGAAGGAAUUUUGGGUCCACGAAUAUUCGUGAGCGUUAAUUGUGCAUACACCAAUCUUGGGGGGCUUAAAUCUUUGCAAAUUUGAAUCUUGGAAAGCGAUUUUUGGAAAUAUUCACCUCUUUUCUGAUUUUCUUUUUUUUUUGGUAUAAUUUUUCCAAUAUUCUCGUAAACAGAAGUUGAUGAAAAUUGUAUACAGAGAAAAUGAAAGCGUGGUAGGCGUUCUGCUUCGAAUCUUUAACUACGUGUAUGCGAGAAAGACGAAUUAUUUAAUAAAAAUUUAGUUGAAAACAAUCAUACAGUGUUUAUUUGUGGUCGAAACACAUCAUCUUCACAAUGAAACGACAAAGGAAAAAAAUGUAGGAAAAAAAAGAUGGAAAUUUAAAAAAGAGGGGGAUGCUCCCAAGAACCGUUUGCAAAGAUUCGAGCCUCGAAGAUUGGUGUAUGCACAAUUAACGCUCACGAAUAUUUGGGGACCCAAGAUUCCUUCCUACCAUCGUAUGAAGCCAUCUCUAAAUCGCGACCAUAUGAAGCCUCAGUGAUUCCUUAACAAUUUAUAAUGGCAUAUUUUUACAGGACGUCGUGGAUUUGUUCUCUAAUGAGCUCUUUUUGAGUAGAAUCGAUGGCUUAUCUUUUCUCAAAGAAGCAUUCGUUCAUUAUUUGCAUUUACCAGCCGUUUCGAACUGUUUCGAUGCAAUGAUUGAAGCGGAGGCUUCAAAUCUUUUUUUUUUUUUAAAGAAAGAGUUUCAGUACAUGCGACGAAAGCGUCCUCAUCAUUUCGAAAAAAACUCCGCCCUUUUGUGCUGAUAGAAAAUUUGAUGGAACUCGACUGUGAUAUACCGUCCAGGUGAAAAUUUGAAUAAUAGUAUACUCACUGUACGUGACGAUUUUCAGACAAGCUUCAGAAGUUGACAAACAAGCGAGCGAAUUUAUUAUCAGUUUUUACGAAAUUCUAAGUGGAUUUGAUGAAUUUUGUAUACUGCGAUGGCUAUCUAUUGCUGUAGAAAUGAACUUCUGGGUUUAUUGCCUCCUCUUGUUUUAUUUUUUUUGCAUGCUGAACUUUUUUAUCCAAAGUUUUAAAUAUAUAAUUUUUUUUUCAGAGUCAGUCGAAAAUAAGGUUGUUUGAAAUUUCGAUCUCUCAACUCUGGGAAAGGAAGGAAUGCGCAGUACGUUUGGUUCAGGAAAAAGUCUUCGAACUAUUUUCAAUACAGAGUCGUUUUCUUGGAUUCAUUAGAAGACAUCGAUUCACUGAUGUGAUUAAAAAAAAGGCAAUCCGCACUUUUCUGUCUCGUCGCCUAGAGCAGAUGCCAGAACGAGAAUUGAUUCGUGCGAUCGAGACUAACACGUUGAACGGCUUCGCCAGAGAUUUUUUCGUUCGUUUUCCAUUUUCAAUUUUACAUAGGCAACUUCGAGCAGAACAUUUUUCAAAUUCCAAAUAAGUUUGUUGUUUGAAUUUCGAAAAUGAAAAAAAAGGUUUCAAACAGCUCACCAAAUCCUUAGAAAGAAGGGCCUAAAGCUCAUUUUUGAUUCCAAAAAUGGUGUCAAAAGUUUCUCGGAAUCUCCUUUUUUCCGCCUUUUUUCCGUCUUCUUUUUCAUACCUCCAAAGGGCAGUAAAAAGCGGCGUUUCAGUCCAAAGCAGUACUUGUAGAGUCUUUCAUUGCGAAUCGAACGGUGAACUUGAAAACAUACAGAGUUACUAGUUUUAGAGAAAAAAUAAUUCAAAGUCGGAGAGAGGAAAGCUUGAGUUCCCGCGAAAAGGGCGCUUUGCAGCAAAGUUGCUCUAUGGACAAAAGGCUUCGCCAUUUUUCGGACUCGGACAUUGGUAACGCGAAACGGACGUGCUCCGGACGUUUCUGGGCGAUUCAAGAGAUCACUUAAGAGCGUUAAGGCUACUAAAGUGGUCACUAGAAAUGCCCCGACACGUCCGAUUCGCGUCCCGUUCGCGUUACCAAGGUCCGAGGAUUUUCGCUUUUUUCUUCGUUUCUUUCAAAUUUCAAUUUUUCUGCUGUCACCAAAGUUCUUUUCGUCACGAGCCUUUAAAUUCCCUUUUUCUGCGGAUAUCCGUUUAUUUGAUAGCUGAAACUUUUUUUUUGAUUUGAAGCAGAUAUCCGGUUAUUUCUCACAAAAGGCGAGUCUAAUGAGACGUCCGCAACAUCGCGUGCACGGCUACUGUUAACAGUACACCGAUCCAAAUCAUUUUUCAAAAUUAAUGGCGUGUUCAUCGGAGAAACGGAACAUGCUUCAAAACGAAAAAUCGUGUUCAUCGGCGCUCCAAAACAGUACUAAUUUUUGUUUUGGAGCAAUUUUCUUGCGUUUCGAAGCAAUUUUCGUUUUGUCCGAUGAACACGCCAUAAAGGCGCGAAAGUAAAAUCGCGUUUUUCUUCAAAAGUAGUCACGUCUGUAAUUUUUUUGAGUACACCAUUCGAUUCGCACUGGAAACAUUUCCAAAUUGCUUUUUUUCAUUAAUUAAAAAUGAUUUUCAUGAAAACACACAUUUUCAAGGUUGUAGCCCCUAUCCCUUCAAAGUGAUUUUGUGGAGCGAGUGAUAUCUUUCUUUCUAAAAGUUUACAGAGGAACCGGAAAGUAAAUUUUCAAAAGCUUCAUUUUUGUAUUCCUCUUUCUGUUUGAUUUCAUACAAAGACCUAUCUGAAUUUGCAAUUUAAGGACCUCGUUUCUACUGUUUUUCGAUUCUCUACGAUCCCCAGCCUAGAAUUCAACGAACUGUUCAAGAUCUUUUUCUCAGUUUUGGAUGUGUUGAAAAGCGAAGCCGUCGGAAAUUCGUUCAUUAACAGUUUUGUGAACAACUUCUGCUUCAUUACUUCGAGAUAUAUAAUUAGGUAUGGAAUAUUAAUGUUCUACCAAAAUCAAGGUGUUCAGACAUGGGGCCUCCAGCUUAUUUAGAUCUUGCAAAGCGAUUUGGAAAAUUUGCCAAAAAACUACUCAUGUCGACUCUUUUAUACGGUAAGCCUUGAGAAAUCAAAAGCGGUCGCUUUAGGGAUUUCUAUUUGAUUUCGCUCCAAAAUUUCAACCAUGGGGGCACUCUAAAAAAAAAUUAUAAACAAUAAUACAAAAUUUUUGGAACAAAGCUAAUUUCAAAAGAAAACAACGUUUUUCCACUGGCCAUUUCUCGAAACCGAGGUAUCCCUCAAAUGGCUUAUUCCAAUUUCUUCUUUUCGAACAUCUUAUAAAUUGUUUUGAGAUGGCAAGUUUGCGAGAAAGUCGUUUGCGCAGCUCUGAGAAGCUCUGAAUAUUGGGAUUGUCAAAGAUCCUUUGCCUUAUAUAAGUUCGUGAUGGAGAUCACUGACUACAUCAACACUUUGGACAAAAAGGUUUUUAGCGGAAAAAAAGAAAAUCAGGUCCUGGACAGAGCGAGGAGAGUACGAGUCUGGUCUCUCUAAGUUUACCGUGCUCUCUAAACUGAUGCAAGCGCAAUAGCCUUCCGUUUUCUUUUUUCGAUAUAUGCGCGCUGGCAUGCCCUGAAAAGGGAGGUCAUUUUACUUGGCGGUUUGGAAUUUUCUACAAGUUUGCUCAAACUCUCUCUUUCUCUGAACGUCUAGAUGAAAAUCCAUCAUAGUCGCUACCUGCGCGAACUUCUAGUUUUUGAGAUAUGAUUUUUCAAAGUUGCGAAAAAUGGGUUUUAGGCCUGACUUUUCGAGCUUCAAAAUUAAUUAUCUUAAAAACUAGAAGUUUUCGCGAGUUGCAACUUAGAUGGAUAUAUGUAAACCUUUAGAGAUUACUCAAGCGAAUUUAUAGAAAAUUCCGAGUCGAAAGUUGAAAUGACGAAUAUUACCUCUUUAGGUUUAAAAAAUGGGUCAUCUUUAAUACUUUUUCAGUUUGUCCUGAUGGAAGAGCUCAUAUGGAUCAGUCCGACGAACAUUUUGCUCCAAAUGGUUCCAUUCGAUGUGAGUUUGAGCUGAGAAAAUCAUUUUAAGUCUUUCCAUUUUCAGGCCUAUCCAUGCUUCUUUGGUGUGAAUGCUUCGAGCGGUUGUUCCUGUGCGAUUUGUAAAAAUCCGAUUUUUCGCAAAGCCUGGGCGGGCAUGAGGCAGCCUAUCAGUUGGGGCACACGUUGAUUCUUCGAAAAUACGAUUUUUGUCAGUUUUGCUAUGUCGCAAAAUGCAGUCGUCGUGGUCUCGUCAAGUUGGAAUCAGAUGCGAUGGCUUGGCGGCGGCGGUGAUGGCGGCCUCCCUUCCGAUGACCAUCUCCAGAAUAAUGUCACGUAACACAAUGUAUCUGCGCUCCGGCCUUCCCAAGAACUGGAAGGAUAUCGUUCCCUCAGUGGCCUGGAAACAUAUCUUUCACUUCACAGGUUUGUAAUUGGCCUUGUAGUUCCACUAGCAACUUUCUUUGUUCGUUUUUGGGGCAAUCUCUCAUCCUCCUCUCAACAAGGAAGGUCAUUCAACCUUAAGGGCUGGGAUUUUUCUGAUAAUUAGCCAGAUAAUUCCUUGAUGUUUCAAAUUAAGUUCCUGAAACAUGCACAAACUCUUAGUUUUCCAGAAAUGAGUGCUCAAAGCCCAAAAAUAGCUAAUUUAAACAGGGGGUUCAAUAAAAGCUCUUAGAACUCCAUCUAGUACCUCAACGAGUGCUCUAGGGGCUUUUUUUUUGGAAAAGCUUUUUUUUAGAAAAAGAUUUUUCGCCAGCUGUUCAAAGGAUCAUAGACUUUUAUGGAAGUAGACUUUUCAGAGAUGUGUUGCUGUCCAUGACGCUCCAACAUCGUUUGAAACUGAUUUCGUGACCAGCGAAAAAGCACAAGUGAGAAUGUCGCCAAGAUUUCAUGGAAGAACUUUAUAAAGCGGUUUGAGGAAACUUAUGCUGCGCCUGAAGAUGAAUCGAAGUUGGUUUUUACGGAGAAAUUGAGGAUGAGUUUCGUCGAAGAAGCCAUAUCUUUCAUUGAAGAUGCCCAUCAGGCUCGAAAUCUAGAGUUUUUCUUUUUUCUAUAUAAAAUUGAUUUUAGGAUAAUCUUGAAUGGCCAGAGUCGACUUUUGAAGUACUUGAAACCGAAACUCCUGAUGGAAACGGCUCUGGUCGCAGUUCGAAUGCUCGAUAUCUGGUUCUUGAUAUCCUGACGAACUUGAGAAGUGUAUGAAUUGUUUUUUCCAUGCUAUAAUGUGACUUAUUCAUCAAACAUUCUUGGAAGCUUCGUUUUCCAACUCUUUUCAUUGCUCAUAUUAUGAGAAUCAUAUCUCAAACCGUUCUGAAACUAGAAUUAGACUUUUUAAAAAAUAUAUUUUCCAAAAAAAAGCUUGCACAUUCCAAAAUUUCGUCAUUUUCCCAUAAUUCAUCUUUGAGAGGUUUUUAUUGAUACCUUAUAUAGUUUUUUUUUUCAUUUUUUAUUUUCCUCCCUUAAGUUUUUACUAGAUUCUUGAGAUAACUAAGACUUUUUUUCUCCUGUGAAGUUUGAGGAAAGGGAAGGAAUAUUAGUCGGUAAAACAAUAAUUUUGAGAUAAUGAAUCAUGCUUUUUUUAUGUACUUGUAAUACCGAAAGUCAGAUUUAUUUCACCAAGAGACAAUUUGUGGAAAAAUAAUUCAGAACGUUGUCCUAAUCGGAAAAAUUUGCGAUGAAGAGCAAAAAUUUAAAAUUGAAAAAAAGUACGGGAGUUGUUAUAGUCGAUUAAUGACUAGCUUAGAACCUGUCUGCGCUCUCCACCAAUUAGUCACUGUCUCUCUUCUUAUCGUGUCAGGACCCAUUUUGCGAUGGCUCAAGUCAGCCGCGAAUCAGCCAUAUCCGCCCAUAAUAUUUCCUAAAAAAUUAUAUCUUUAGAGGAGGAAUAUAAGCGACCGAUUGGCGAUCGCAGUGUUGAAUGCGUCCGUACACAUUUAUCACGAUUGCUUACGCCAAGGAAAUCCCGAGGAAAAGAACAUAUUGCCGUCCGCCUCCUUGAAAGGCUUGGAGGCUUUUUCUCGGUGGAGCGAAACACAGGUUUGCAAAUAAACUCAUCGAAACAGUCGAAAAGACUCCCAGAAGAGCCAGAGAACAAAAAUAAAUUUGAAGCUUUGAAAAAUCCCACCGCUGUUUCUUUUUGAACUAAUAAAAAAUUUCUACAGCUCAUCGAGAUCCCCAAAGAAACCCAAGAAGCUGUGGAGGAAAUGCUGAAGAAUUGCAGCAUUUAUUCUUUUCCUUUCAAGGUGACAAAAACAAGGUAA